UAAUCCAGCUCCAUGUGUACAGUACACACACACAGGGGGAAGGAAAGGAGGAGGGAGGGCCCGGCACACACACCACACACAUAGGAGCUCCAUAGUCCCGACCUGCCGGGGUUCCCAUGUUACUUCCUGCUGUCACCGAGGAUCUCCAUUGUGACCCAGUGAGUGGGCGGCGGAGGAGGAGGGCUCAAUCAUUCUAGGGAGUUUACAAAGUUUCCCCUCCGUACACCUUGAUGGUGACAUUGGAUGGUGACGGGCGGUACCGGGCUGGAUCGAGGAAGUGCCGACUUACCUGUGAAGGGUGGAGAUCCGGGGGGCCCGAUGUUCGGGAUGUUCCAUUGUAUCCCUCUGUGGCGGUGUAACCGUCAUGUGGAGUCUGUGGAUAAGAGGCACUGCUCCCUACUUACCGUCCCCGAGGAGAUCUACAGGUACAGCCGGAGUCUGGAGGAGCUACUACUGGAUGCCAACCAGCUCAGAGAGCUGCCCAAGCAAUUUUUUCAGCUUGUGAAAUUAAGAAAACUUGGCCUUAGUGAUAAUGAAAUCCAGCGACUUCCUCCAGAGAUAGCAAAUUUCAUGCAGCUGGUAGAACUUGAUGUAUCACGGAAUGAUAUUCCAGAGAUACCAGAAAGCAUCUCAUUUUGUAAAGCACUACAAGUGGCUGAUUUCAGUGGAAAUCCACUCACAAGAUUGCCUGAAAGUUUCCCAGACCUGGAAAGCUUGACAUGUCUGUCUAUUAAUGAUAUCUCGCUGCAGGCGCUUCCAGAAAACAUUGGGAACCUAACAAACCUGGCUUCAUUAGAGCUGAGAGAAAAUUUACUGACCUAUUUACCAGAGUCUCUUUCCCAGCUUCAUAGACUUGAAGAACUUGAUUUAGGAAACAAUGAAAUCUAUAACUUGCCAGAAUCUAUUGGAUCACUACAUAAACUUAAGGACCUCUGGCUGGAUGGGAACCAACUGGCAGAAUUACCUCUGGAAAUAGGAAACCUGAAAAACUUGCUUUGUUUGGAUGUGUCCGAGAACAAGCUGGAAAGACUUCCAGAGGAGAUCAGCGGUUUGAUUUCAUUAACAGAUCUGCUCGUGUCACAAAACUUACUUGAGGUUUUACCUGAUGGCAUUGGGAAACUUAAAAGGUUGUCAAUACUUAAAGUGGACCAGAAUCACCUCAUACAACUGACUGAAAGCAUUGGAGAAUGUGAAAGCCUCACUGAACUAGUGCUGACGGAGAAUCAGCUCUUGAUUCUGCCAAGAAGCAUUGGGAAAUUAAAGAAGCUAAACAAUUUGAAUGUUGAUAGGAAUAAACUAAUGUCUUUGCCAAAAGAGAUUGGCGGAUGUUGUAGUCUUAAUGUAUUUUGCUUGCGUGAAAACCGUCUGACACGUAUUCCUCCAGAAAUUGCACAAGCUACUGAACUCCAUGUCUUUGAUGUUGCUGGGAACAGAUUAUCCCAUUUACCUCUGUCAUUGACCUCGCUCAAAUUGAAGGCAUUAUGGUUAUCGGAUAACCAGUCCCAGCCUCUGCUGACUUUUCAGACAGAUGUUGAUCCCGAGACUGGGGAAAAGGUUUUGACGUGUGUACUACUACCACAGAUGCCUUCUGAAACUAGUGGCCAAGACUAUUUACCACGGUGUGGGGCUAUUGAAAGUUUAGUGAAUGAUAUGUCUGAUGAAACCUGGAAUGAACGAGCAAUGAAUAGAAUAAGUGCCAUACGAUUUUUAGAUGAUGAGAAAGAAGAGGAGGAAGAUGAGACGGCUACACUGCUAAGACGGGCUACGCCCCACCCUGGGGAAUUAAAGUCAAUGAAAAAGACUGUGGAGAAUUUGCGUACCACUUUGAAUGCUGCUAAGGGACUGGACUCUAACAAAAAUGAGGUCAAUAACUCCAUUGACAGAUUGACCACGUCUGUGUAGAGCUCCACCUUCACCUUACCUCCUGUGUCUUCCCUGACUGUUGAAAUGUCUCCCUGCUUCCAGGAUCAUUUCUAGCCUCUUGUUUUUUCCAGAACAUUAUUCAUAAUCCCUUUUUAAUACUUCUGUUGAGAUGCUGCAGUCUGCACAAGAAGUGCCUUAUUUCCACCAGAUUCUCGCAUCUGCAACCUCUUAAAUUACAGUUGAUUUUUUUAUAUUUUGCCAAUCAUGUUUUUAAUGGCUGUCAACAACACUACUUUUAUCAAUUAUUUUAAUUUUUAUUGAUGUGCAAAUAUACCUUCAUUUUUUUUAACUGCAGAUAUUAGGACAUUUUUGGACCUAGCGGGAUAGUUUUAUUUGAAAUUAUUUUUUUUAAUUUUUGUUUUUUGGCAGCUUAACAGAUGUACAUUUUUUUACAAUUACAUUGUAUAGUAGGUUGCAAAAAUAUUUUGAUUGUUAAUAGAAAAUCAAAAGCGGUACAUAUAUUAAUUGUAAAAUAUAAAGGAAAUGUUUUUUGUUUUUGUGUUUUAAAUCCAUAAUGUAUCAUUAUGAUGUGCCACUGAAGUUGUGCCUUAGAGUGGUGGUGGGUUUUCUAGACCAAAUGUUUCUCUUUUAUAUUCUCCCUCUUUUGAUACCUAUGACAUUGAGGGCUUUAUUUAAAAAAUGGUACACAGGAUAAUGGGCAUUAGCCUAUUGGAAUCAUCUUGACUUUACAUGAUUAAAGAUUUGUACACUUAAGUGCCAA